AUGCGCCCUUGCUGCAUAUCCACAGUGCCGGUCGGGGGCUAUGCACCUGCGUCUGUCGACCCAACCUCGGUGAGAGGCAAGAGUGGCAGGACGGGGACCUCCCUCCCCGCUUGCGGCGCCACCGCCACCGCGUCGCUGUUUGCGACGACGGCGUUGCUGGCGCGACGUGCUCGCGCCCAAUGUGCGCGGCAAGCAGCCGGUGAGGUCUUCCUGGAAGAUUUGGACCGAUCAGAUCCCGGGCGGUCUGCCCUUCGAAGCGAGUGGGCCGUGGCUGGGGAGGUCUUCUUUGAAGAAGUGACGGAGGCGAGCGGCCUCGUGCGAGUCACUGGCUCGGGUGCCAGCAAUGGUGGCUCGUGGCGGCGUCUGCGGUUCAAUGGCAACACGGAGCAGAGCGUGCUCUUGGUGGAUGCGAGCAAGACGCCCGAAUUUGGUGCAUUAGCCUUUGGUUACCUGAAGUCGCUGGCAGCGGUGGGAACAUCUACCGCCAGGGCGCUGGGCCGUCCUGAAACGCUGCGGGUCCUGGUUAUCGGAGUGGGCCUGGGCGCCUUGCCUGGCUGGUUCUGCAAGAAGAUGAAGGCGACGGUUGACGCUGUGGAGCUCGACCCAGCAGUGCUUCGUGCUGCUGCCGCCAUCGGCGGCAUCCCGGUGGGAGCUGUUUGUGAUGCGGGCAAUGCGAGGGAGUGCGCCAAAGAUGCUGCAGAGAGGACUCCCGAGCCCGGAACCCUGCGCGUGUAUUGCUGCGACGGUGCAGAGUAUGUUGUGGAAGCACAUCAGUGCAAGCUCCGUUACGACGUCGUCAUCGUUGACGUUUUCGAUGGACAAGGAGAAACGCCUCAGGCCUUCCUGGAAGAUCGAUUCGGUGCAGCACUCGGCGGCAUCGCAGAGUGUGCAGUUGCCAACCUCACCUGCCCGGUGCCGAUGUGGGAUGAGGCGCACGAGUUCAAUGCUCCUGAGGCGGGUUCCCUCGUGAGCGCCUGGCGCCGGGGCUUCGGCGUUGGAGCGGGCGUUUGGAGCGUCCGGGUGGCAGAGGGGCAGAACAUCAUACCCGCUGUGACACCAGUUGGCCGUCCUCCAGAAGAAUUCCUGGCCCAAGCUGCACGCGAGUUGGCGGCCUCGGGUGCUUUUGCCUUCGACCCGGUGAAGCGG